AUGGAGCCACCUUCCAAAAGACCCCGGCUGUCAUUCGCAGCACAGGACGAGGAUGGCGCAGACGACGCAGACGACGCAGACGACGUAGACCUACAGGAAGCUCGUUUCCAAAACGACCAGCGCCUCAAAUCGAUCUUCGAGGGUAUUUUUCAGAAAUACGAAAAGGAUUUUACAGAAGUGGGCGAUGAGAUCGAUCUGCAGACAGGGAAUAUAAUCGUCAACAACGGACACCUCCAAGGGAUGGAUGACGAGCGUGAUACCGGCGAAAAAGAGAGCGACGAGGAGGAAGGCGAGGGAGAGGGACCUUGGCUAUUUGGUCCAGGUACACAUUGGUCCGCGGAGGAACCAAACCCCCCUGGGCCAGAUGAAGAGGGAAAUACGGUGAACGGAACCACUAGCUACGUGGAGACUCGAGACGGGGACGAGGAGCCAGGAUACAGGGAGAUAUUCUCGUCACGGCAGCGACGGCAGGGCUCACCGAUAUUACGGCCAGGUCUGGAAGAGACAAGGGAGGAGCCAGAGACACAGGACGAAGCAGCCAAUACCGAUUUAGGCGCCGAUGACGAUAGGUCCAGUGUGGAUUCCUUGUUGGAUACUGCGCUGGACGUCCAGAACAAUCUGAGGGACUCGCUAGCCAAGAGAGCCAGGAAAGGUGCAGAAGAACAACAAAAAGCAAUUUCUGCGGCUGAAACACCCGUCCAAUCCGAUCGCAAGCCUGGUCACAACCUCUCAGAGCCAGUGGAGUCACUCUGGCGCGUUCCUGAAAUUAAUGCGAAUUUCUCAACACCCACUUGGCAUCGAUCGCGCCCAAAACCUGCCAUUCAGGCGGCCCGAUCUGAAUCCCCACCUGACGCAGGCUCGAUUUGGGCGUUGCCAGGGAGGUCCCGGCGAAGCACAGUAUCGGCCAAAAAGAGAAGCCCCAAGAAACCGGGGGCUGGCCAACGGAGUCGCAAGGCUGCUUCCAGCCCUGUCGUGUUCGACUGGUCUUUCGCAGAAACCCCCGAUGGAAAUGAAUCCGACGACCCGUUGCAGGAAGAGGUGCAGCCGUCACCAACACCCAAAAACACCGUGAAAAUCAGAGGGAAAAUGCCAACGCCAGGCGGUACUCCUAAAGCUGUACCUCAAGCGGAUUCUUCUGUUGAUCGACAUGAAUCAAUUCAGUCAGGAGGAAGCUAG